AUGCAUAUCCAACCUGCCCCCGUCCUCUCGCGCACGACCCUCAAGAAGUACACUGGCUGGUAUUGCACCAAGAACGGGUACCGCGCCAUCGUAACAUCCGACGGCGUGUCUCUGCAUGUCGGCAGCAUCAGCCAUGUCCGCGGUGACAUCCUUGAAACCUGGGACCUGCAAUGGUCCAACGUACCUUCAUUCAGAACUGGUGGUGAUUCGGCAGAGGAACGGGCACUCAACGCUGAGUUCCAGGCAACAUUCCGUACAGCACCUGGUGGCCACCAUGUCUCCUUCGACAUCAAGGAUGGCAAGGUCACAGGCCUGCGUGCAGGCGGAGAACACUUCGAGCGCAUCGAGCGGGGAGAAUGCCACAUCUUCCGAGUACCUGUCGAGCUCAGGCAAACUAUCUGGGGCUAUGCUCUGGACAACAAUGGCGAGAACGUCCUGCUGAGCAAGCAGAAGGGUACCAGCAUCACUGAUGGUCAUUCACGGAUGGCCAUCAAUCGCAUUAACGAAGUGCACCGCGACUUCGCGGACGAAGCCACGCAUUUCGAGCUUCGAUACAAUACCCUGGUGUGUACGGACGUAGGAAAGUUCGUCAAGCUCAUUGAGAUGGACAAGACACGGCUCCGGCUCUGCCUCCGACAUGUCGUCCUCAGGACAGCAUGGGGCAUGUCCCCGCUCGUCUUCGGGAAGACAAAGGAUAUCCACAGCAUAUUGGCGUAUGCCAAAUCCAACCUGGCGGCGACAAUCCAGGUUCGCCUGGACUUUUGGACGUUCAAAGGGGUACUUGCCAAAGACAUGCUGUCUUUCGUAGGGUUUGGGAGGGGCAUACGGGAGGCUGUCCGAGGACAGAGGUCCAUUAUGUGUUGGCCGGGCGAUUCUGGUAUGCUGGGACAUUGGCAAGGUGUGCCGAAGGCACAUGGGUUGAAUGCUGGCAACGUAAGGUUCUUCCCAUCCGAGGAGGUAUUCGACGAGGCUGCGUUCCGUUUCCAGGUCUCCUUGGCCUUGAGGAAGACGGUGACAUUCCGUCACGCAUUGACCCCUUAUCAUAUGUGGCGGCCAACAGCCAUUGAGAAGCUCGUCGAGGACGUAAGGGGGUGGUAUGAGAACGGCGCGUGA